AUAUGAAGAAGGGAAGAAAAGUAUUCCUGAACACCCGCAUCUCUUUGAGACUGAUGUAGAGAUCUGUUUGAUUGAUGGCAGUUGCAAAAGUCCCAUUGAAAGAUUUUGGAAUGGAAGCAAUAGGAUGUAUAUUUUGCAGAAAGCAAGACAGAAUGAAGAAAAUGGCUCAAUGGAAGAAUCAGAAAUAGAUGAUGCUAUUUGUGCCUCUGAGCUUUUACCAAAGGAGAGUUCUGGACCAGUGGCACUCUCUUACAGGAGAGCAAAGCAGUUGAUUUCCUUAUAUGCGUUGGCACAAAAUCCAAACAUGACCCACUUGAAGAUACCUGAACUGGUUGUGCUUCCUCCCAUCUGGAUAAGGUGUGAUGGUUCUGAUCCUGAACAUACUUACUGGCUCGGAGCUGAGCCUCUCAAAGCUGGGAACAAAAUCACAGGGAUCAAUUUGUAUAUGGUCACAUGUGAUGGUCCUACAGCUGAUAAAACCAGUUUUGCAAAUCUGGAAGAGCUCAAAAUGACACACAAAAUGAUGCAUCAUUCAUCCGUUGUGGUGACAAAAGGAUCUGCUCAGUAUAAACUUAGUAGAGCUGCUGCGAUGGAGGACACGAUUGUAGAACCCAAAAGCACUGUGUAUGUUGAUAUGACAUGGAACACUGUAAAUAAGAGUCUGGAGACACCCCCACUAACUUCAGCUGCCACUCUGAAUAUUACACUGGAGUCAGGGGACCCUGGAAGUCCUGUGUAUCAGCUCUACAGAGAACUGCAGUUUCUCCUUGCUUUGGCGGAAGGUUUGAAGAUGGGUGUGAUGGAGUGGCCUGAGCCCUUAGAGUCCAAAUCAGCUGUUGAACUGGUCCAGGAACUUCUGACUGACUUAAAGAACAAGCUGGAUAGAUUUUGUACAUCUGAAAACAAGAACGAAACAGAGAAAAUUGAAUGUGACACUGCUGCAGUGGAUGGUUCAAUAAAAUCAGUCUUCAGUGAGCGAGGAGACCUGGAUUUUGCUGAACAGUUAUGGUGCAAAAUGAGAAGUGAGUCUAUUGUGGGGUUUUGCCCCGUUUUCCUUUAA